AUGGAGUCUGACAACUCUGGUGGCUCACUGGAAUCUUCAACUUCUUCCAAUUUGAUGGAGAAUUGGAAUCUUCAAAUGUGCACUAUCACUGGUGUCCCGGAGUGGUUCCUGGACAGUGGGCAAUGUGGUGGUUCUCAGAAUAAUAGAGAUUCAUUGAAGUUCUUUGACGGCAAUUUCUUCAGUGAUACCAAGGCAGAGGAGAUGGCUAAGGGUGCAACAGACAGAUUGAAUAUCCCCAUUUUCAGAGCCAACCGGAAGUUGGUUGCUUCUCUCAAUGGCGGGUUACAUGAUCCAUCUGUCUUAGUUUUCAAUCCUGAAUGGGGUGGUAUUAUUACUCAAGAAACAACACCAGUUGUUCGGGGUCAACACAGACCAUUCACUUAUCCUUCCCUUUCAUCACCUGGCAUUAAAAGACCUGAUGAUGAUGAAGAUAUAGCUUUCAUGAGUGUUCUUGAGUUGGGACAACUUGUUAAGACAAAGCAGAUUACAUCCCAGGAACUUACUAGAAUCUUCCUACAGAGAUUAAAGAGGUAUAAUUGUGUUCUUGAAGCUGUGGUUUCUUAUACAGAAGAUUUGGCUUACAAACAGGCAAAAGAGGCUGAUGAUUUACUUGAACAAGGAAAAUAUUUAGGUCCUCUCCAUGGAAUUCCAUAUGGAUUGAAAGACAUAAUUUCAGUGCCUGGAUAUAGGACCACAUGGGGUUCAACAACAUUUCGGAAUCAAUUUCUCAACAUGGAAGCAUGGAUAUAUAAAAGGCUAAGAUCUGCAGGGGCAGUUCUAGUUGCGAAGGUUGUUACUGGAUCACUAGCUUAUGACGACAUAUGGUUUGGGGGAAGGACAAGAAAUCCAUGGAAUAUUGAAGAAUUCACCACUGGUUCAUCAGCUGGGCCUGCUGCCACUACCUCAGCAGGUAUGGUUCCUUUCGCGAUUGGUUCAGAAACAGCUGGGUCUAUUACGUACCCUGCUGCACGUUGUGGUGUAACAGCAUUACGCCCAACUUUUGGAACUGUUGGUCGAACUGGUGUUAUGAGCAUCUCAGAAAGCUUGGAUAAGCUUGGUCCCUUCUGUAGAAAUGCCAUGGAUUGUGCAGUAAUUCUGGAUGCCAUUCGAGGCAAGGAUCUAGAUGACCUCUCCUCUAGAGACGUUUCUUUUGGGGACCCCUUUUCUAUUGACAUCACCAAGCUCACUGUCGGCUAUUUGGAAGAUGCGGAGAUGGAGGUUGUGAAUGUUCUAGCUUCAAAGGGUGUUAAUGUGGUUCCUUUUAAGCUGAAUUACACGGUCGACUCUGUUCAAGGCAUCCUGAAUUUCACAAUGGAUGUUGAUAUGUUAUCACACUUUGACGAGUGGCAGCGAUCCGGACUGGACGAUGUUUAUGAAGCUCAAGACCAGUGGCCUGUAGAACUACGUCGUGCUCACCUGGUACCAGCAGUAGACUACGUGCAGGCACAAAGAGCACGAGGAAAACUGAUACGGGAAAUUCGUGAGAGCUUCACAGUUGAUGCAUUCAUUGCCAAUGCAACUGGUUGGGAGAGAGUUUGCAUGGGAAAUCUUGUGGGUAUGCUUGUCAUUGUUGUUCCCACAGGAUUAAAGAGUAUUGAGAACCCACCUCCAGGUGGUACUCCACGUAGAACCACCAUCACUACUGGGAUUUAUGCUCCCCCUGAUCAGGACCACAUUGCUCUAGCAUUGGCCAUGGCUUACCAAUCUGUCACCGAUCACCAUAAAAAGCGCCCACCAAUUGAUAAUCUUGGGCCAAAUGAUUUUAUUCCAGAUCCUCGAUGGUAGAGUUAUAUAUAUCUACCCUCCUCGAUCGUGUCUAGCUUUGGUCAUGAUUAAGAAAGAGA